CAACAGGGACGAAGAACCCGGUCCACGGGACCGGAGGAACAGUCCAGAUCCUCUUGGGCGCAGGUUGUGUCCGGGGAGGAGCAGGAUGAGGGUGAUCGUGAUCGCCCACAUGGGUUAAACGAAAAUCAAUGGAAUAGACAGGAACAGAGUCAUUUGGGGAACACAGGGGGAUACAAUGUGGAUUCGGAACCUUCAAGGAGACCUCACAAGGCUUCGCAUGAAGGAUAUGAAACGAAUAAUGAUGGUGGACAACAUGGUUAUAACCAAAACUACUCACGCAGGAAGGACGAAGAGGAAAAUCAGGAUCGUUGGGAGACUGUCGGCAAGAAGAAGCCUUCAAGGCAACAACCACACAAGAUUCAGAUGGGCCAGUGGAAUGGAUAUAAGCGGCCUGCCGCUGAGCAAGAAUACUCCGAUGAGGCUGAAGUAGGUGCUAACAUAGAACCUUCUGGAGAAGAGCUUUCUGAUCUGUCACAAGCUUGCAAUAAACUCUGGGAACUUGAUUUAAACCGUCUAGUGCCUGGAAAGGACUAUGAAAUUGACUGUGGUGGAGGGAAGAAGGUCCACCAACGAGAAGACUUGGCAGAAGGAAGCUUAUUUACCUGGCUGAGUGAAGAUAUAUUUCGGAGGCCUACCUUUUCUCGUUUCUGUUCUCUUUUAGAUAACUACAACCCAAAUGCGGGUUGCAAAGAAGUUAUCACAUCCGAGGAGAAGCAAGAGCAGGCUGCAUUCGUAGAAGAAAUCAGCAGAACUGCCCCCAUUAAAUAUCUUCACAAGUAUCUCUCACGUAAGGGCAUUGUAUCUGAGAGCUAUCAGGAAUUCAAAAGAACAUUGUCCACUCUCUGGUUUGAUCUUUACGGCCGUGGUGGUACAUCUGCUUCCUCCUCGGCUUUUGAGCAUGUUUUUGUCGGAGAAAUUAAACAACGUGGUGAAGAAGAGGUUUCUGGCUUCCACAAUUGGCUUCAGUUUUACCUUGAAGAAGCAAAAGGAAGGGUAGACUAUCAAGGUUAUAUUUUUCCCCGUAGACGCGGACAAACUCCAGACUCUGAAACCCAGUUGCUUACGAUCCAGUUCGAGUGGAAUGGUGUUUUGAAAGCGGUAUCAAGCACAUUAGUUGGAGUGAGCCCAGAAUUUGAACUUGCAUUGUACACCUUGUGUUUCUACAUGGGUGGGGAGGACAACCGUAUUGAGCUGGGUCCAUACCAAGUCAACAUCAAAUGCUAUAGCUUUGGAGAAAGAAUUGGGUCUGUGUUUCCCAUGGCAGAGUGUUGAAAUCAAGGGUAAAAGACUCACUCAGAGGAGUGGUUUCCACACGCCCUUUUCUAUCUCUUGAUUUUGUCCAUUAAUUUUCUUUUGAGUUGUAUUGUUCAAAUGGCUAGAAUGGAAUAAGGGAAUGCAUAAGGUCAGAAGACAAUAAUUUUCUGUUGAUUAUGUUAUUCAAUGACCAGGAAAUGUAUUUUAAUUUAGGGAUAUGAUUUUCA